AUAUCAAAGUCUGGUUGAGCUGAGUAAGUUUGUUUCCAUUACCUGGAAUCCUUUUCUAUAUGGACCUGCUGCUGCUAGAGCUGUUUGCAUGAUACUCCCUCCCCCCCUUCUAUGUUGCUUCUUCUGUUUCUAUUCUGAUCAUACCAUUCAUUCACUGCUUACGCUAACUCAUAACGCAUAACGCAUUAGAGAAUUCGGACAUAUCUCAUAUCUAUCUCACAUACUUCUUUAAUACAGACGUUUAACUUGGAUACUAAUACAGAUAUAUUAUCAAAAUGGUUGGUCUCGGUCCUCGCAAGCCGCCAUCCCGAAAGGGAUCUAUGGCCGAUGUGCCAAAGGAUCUUCUCUCCGAAAUCAAGAAGUUAGAAGAUCUGUUCACUGUUGAUACAGCCAAGCUCAAGGAGAUCACGAAGCACUUCGUGUCUGAGCUUGCAAAGGGUCUAAGCGUGGAGGGUGGCAGCAUUCCAAUGAACCCAACUUGGGUAAUGGAUUUUCCAGACGGGUACGAGACAGGCACUUACCUGGCUCUGGAUAUGGGCGGCACUAACCUCCGUGUCUGUGAAAUUACCUUAACGGAUAACAAGUCAGAGUUCGACAUCAUCCAGUCUAAAUACCGUAUGCCGGAGGAGCUAAAAACUGGCGAUGCUGAGGAACUAUGGGAAUAUAUUGCCGAUUGUUUGAAGCAGUUUAUUGAAACUCAUCACGGCGAAGUUCCCGAGUCCAACGGAAAGAUUCCACUUGGUUUUACCUUCUCCUACCCCGCCACCCAGAACUACAUCGACGAGGGUAUUUUACAGCGAUGGACGAAGGGCUUUGAUAUCAACGGCGUUGAAGGAAAGAACGUCGUGCCAAUGUUAGAAGCUGCGCUUGACCAGCAGGGUGUCCCUAUCAAAGUCUCAGCUUUGAUCAACGACACAACGGGAACUCUUAUCGCUUCCGCCUACACUGACCCGAAGAUGGCUAUUGGAUGCAUUUUCGGAACCGGCUGCAAUGCAGCAUAUAUGGAGAACUGCGGCUCCAUCCCGAAGUUGGCCCACUUGAACCUGGACCCGAACUUGCCCAUGGCUAUCAACUGCGAAUGGGGUGCCUUUGAUAACGAACACAAGGUCCUCCCGCGUACCCCUUAUGAUAUCAUCAUCGACAAGGAAUCCCCUCGACCAGGCCAGCAGGCUUUCGAAAAGUGUAUUGCUGGUCUCUAUCUUGGCGAAAUCUUCCGCUUGGUCUUAGUUGACUUGCAUGAUAACAAGGACGUUCAUAUUUUUGAGGGACAGGAUAUCAAACAUCUCCGAAAGCCAUAUACUCUCGACUCGUCCUUCCUCUCGGCCAUUGAAGAUGAUCCUUUCGAGAAUUUGCAGGAGACUGCAGACCUGUUCCAAGAGAAGCUCCGCUUAACUUGUACUCGCCCCGAGCUUGAGCUGAUUCGUCGGACUGCCGAACUAAUCGGUACACGUGCGGCUCGUCUGUCUGCUUGUGGAGUCGCUGCUAUUUGCAUCAAGAAGAACCUCCAACCCUGCCACGUGGGCGCUGACGGCUCUGUUUUCAACAAAUACCCACAUUUCAAGGCGCGAGGCGCACAAGCUCUCCGAGAGAUUCUCGACUGGCCGGCUAAGAAGAACUUUAAGGAAGAAGAUCCUGUUGAGGUACUCGCCGCCGAAGAUGGAAGCGGUGUUGGCGCUGCUGUCAUUGCCGCUCUUACAUUGAAGAGAGUGCAAAAGGGCAACCUUGCUGGUAUUCUGCACCCCGAAAAUUUCAAAUGAGCAGCAAGGUGAUACACGGGUCUAGGGUGGUAUAGCUGCAGGGAAGAGGGAAAAUGGCAUGCAUGUCCUUUAGAAGGGUAGAUAUAGAGAAGAUGGUCCAAACAACGAAGAAAAAAAAACAAUUGGUGUCUGGCUACAGGACUAGAGACAAGAUAUGGUACGGAGUUCAGCCCAACAGGGUGCAGGUCGGUAGUCGAUACUCUAUCCCACAGGUUAGCUUUGCUUUCAAAAAACAAAACGAAAAGAAAUCGUUGCAAGACCAGAUCACGGAAAUUGACUUA